AGAGAGGAGGGGCUGACUGGAAAUUUGAGUCAGCACAGAGAUCACAUGAACACAGGGAGCGAGUCAUGAGGACUUGGGCUCUGAGAGCAGGAAGCUUCUGAAACGGACACAGCGGGGCUAAGCUUCAGCACACAGAGUUCAGGGGCUGCUACCUGCAGAAAGCACAGCACAGGAAACUGAGCCAUCUUUCAGCAGGAGCACACAGAGACAGCCUUGAGCCCAACACAAAGAAGAGCCCCAAGUCAAGGGUCUCAAAGCUUCACGUUUUCUCAGCUUCACCGUUUGGCCAAACAUGGACAUGUCACAUGACCACCACCAUCAUGCCUCCAUGGAAACGACUGCGGGUUCCCAUAGCAGCCACUUUCCCCUGGAAACGACUGCAGGUUCCCAUGGCAACCACGUUCACCCCAGCGCCAUGCCCGACCACGGGAGUGGAGGGGGCCACAUGAUGAUGCACAUGGUCUUCUACUUUGGGUACCAGGAAGUGGAGCUGCUCUUCUCAGGACUCGUCAUCAACAGUGUGGGAGAGAUGGUGGGAGCCUGCAUCGCUGUGUACUUGCUGGCUGUGCUCUAUGAGGGGCUGAAGAUUGGCCGCGAGUUCCUGCUGCGGAGGUCACAGGUCAGCGUACGCUACAACUCCAUGCCGGUCCCGGGACCCAGCGGCACUGUUCUGAUGGAAACGCACAAGACUGUUGGCCAGCAGAUGCUCAGCCUGGCUCACCUGCUGCAGACUGUGCUGCACAUCAUCCAGGUGGUGCUCAGCUACUUCCUCAUGCUUGUCUUCAUGACCUACAACGGCUACCUGUGCAUCGCGGUGGCCCUGGGUGCCGGCACCGGCUACUUCCUCUUCAGCUGGAAGAAGGCAGUGGUGGUGGACAUCACCGAGCACUGCCACUAACAGUGACCACCCCAACCCAGACCGGACCGGACCAGACCGCCUUUCACACACACACACCCCAACUCUUACUCUCUCUCUCUUUCUGA